GAGCGGAUUUUUCUCUCUGCGUCUCUCCAUGAUUUACUGAUUAUUUAUGAUACACUUGAUACAGGAUUCAUCCUCCAGUCACAUCUAUAACACAGAACAAUGGAGAUGGGCAUCUUCAUUGUGAUCACUGUCAGCAUUUUGGCUGGCAGCGUUCACGCUCAGGUGCAAAAUGCAGACAUGGAGGAACUGGCAGGCCGCAGCGCACACUUCGCAACGGCAUUGUACCGCAAGGUAGCCAGCACCAGCGAUGAUAACAUUGUCAUCUCACCUCUGGCUGCCACUCUGGGCUUGGCGUCCUUGGCAGCAGGAGCUGACGCGAACACUCGUAGUGAGCUGUUGCAAGGUUUAGCUCUGGCUCCCAUGGAGAGAGACGGAGAGCCAGACAGGAUCCCAACGUUACUGCAGCAGUUGAGGGAAACAUCGGCUCAGACGCUGGCUACGGGUCUGUUCAUCAGCCGGCAGCUCGAACCUGAGUCCAGCUUCAGCAGCCAGGUCAAGAAGUUUUACAGCACUGAUGUGCAAAGUGUGGAUUUCACCGGUACCCAAGCUACCAAAGGGCAGAUCAAUGACUUUGUUACAAGCAGCACUGGGAACAAGAUCACAGAUGUAGCUGGUGCUUUUGAUCCUCAAACCCAGCUGAUGCUCAUCAGUGCUGCGUACUUCACAGGACAGUGGAAGCUCCCUUUCAAUGCCAGCUUUACUCAGGAGGAGAGAUUUUUCAUUAACAAGUACCAGAUCAUCCAGGUUCCAAUGAUGAUCCGUUCCGGCAAAUUCUACCUGGCUUACGACCCGGCUCUGAAGGUGGGAAUUCUGAAGCUGCCCUGCGUGGAUGGCAUUGCCAUGCUUGUCCUUUUGCCAGAUGAAGAUGUAGAUUAUACAUUUAUCGAUGAGUCCCUGACUGGUGAAGUGUUCCUCACAUGGGUGGCAAGGUUGAAGAAAACGAAGUUGGAGGUUCAGUUGCCUCGGUUCUCACUGGAUCAGACCUUCUCUCUAAAGCAAAGCCUGCCAAGUCUGGGAAUGAGCAAAAUCCUGGACAGCAGCACAGACCUGUCUGGAAUCAGCAAAUCGUCCAGCCUGAAGCUGUCUGAGGCGCUGCAGAAGGUUUCAGUGGAAGUGGACGAAGGACAAGGCUCAGACGCUUCUUCCUCAAGCAGCUUAUUGGAUUCUCUUCCUCCGAGGCUCACUUUCAAUCGGCCCUUCCUCUUCCUCAUCUACCACGAGGCCACCAAAAGCCUGCUGCACAUGGGCCGUGUGGUUGACCCCACUAAGAAGUAAUCCUAUGUAGGGAAAACUAAUGACCACAUAUGCUUAGGUUUAUAUUAGAGAUGUUAAUAAUCAACUAAUAACCAACUAGUAAGAAGUGAUUGUUUGAUGCUAAAACUAAAUUUAAGUCUUUUUAUUACCUGAGAGUUGAUUUUAUCUUGAAUUUUAAAACAGAACUACACAGGUCAGCAGCACAGAGUAAAACAAUGUAAUUACUGUAUCUCUGGUUUUAAUAUUAUGUUUAAUGCCUUUUUUAAGAAGUGAUAUUGUGCACAGUGACCAGUAUAGAGGUCUACUCUACUCGUCAUUUUAUGUCACAUUACUUUAAGAAUAACUUUAACAUACCGGCUGCAUCUCUCUAUUUUUUAAAAAGCACGUAUUCAUCUUGUUUUCGACUUUUAGCUGUAUACUUUGUGUUUAAAAUCUAUAUGUUGAAAGCUACUUCCAAUCACGCUACCUACAUUCAUGUAACUGUAUUGCAUUGCUAUCACAAUCACUGUUACACUUGAUGUGACAAAGAUUGUUAAUUGUCAGCUAAUGGUGGUCAGAUAUUAGUUAAAAUAUCUACUAAAUUUGCAUUACUGGUUUAAGUACAUAUGUAUCUAUAAUACAGCUUGUGUAAAUGUAUGCAGAGUCUAAACAUAAUCAACAUGUAUCUAUUGUACUCUGUUUAUUACAGUUAAAAAUCAUUUAAUCUGCAUGGUACAAGUACAUUUUAAUCAAAAAAUGACCACAGUUCUGCAUUUAUCAGGAAUUCUGUCAUCAUUUCAACCUACCCCAUCUAACUUUGUAACCACCUGACUGUCUCAAAUUAAAGGCAUUGUAAUCUGUCA